UUUCGUUUUUUUUGUGUCGUAACAAGAUAACAAAGAUCCCAGUUCUCCGUCUGUGAGACCCGUGAUCCCUAACUAAAUUGGCUCCACCUUCAUCUUUAAAAUGGGUUGUGUGUUCUCUCUGGCCUCGAUGGCGUGUUGCUGCACCUCGGCGGCCGUCUCGUUAUGCUGCUCGGCUUGCCCGUCGUGCAAGAGCUCCACCUCAUCCCGGAUCAUGUACGCCAUCCUCCUACUCCUUACCAUGAUCACGUGCUGCAUCAUGCUCGCUCCGGGAAUCCAGACAAGUCUCAAAAGCGUGCCAUUCUGCAAAGGCUACGAAAAGGAUGACCCAACCAUAGCUUUGUUCCAAGAUCGAGUGGAGUCGUAUCAGUUUGAUUGCGCCCAAGCUGUUGGAUAUUUGUCUGUCUAUAGGUUGUGUUUUAUAGUGACCUUAUUCUUUCUCCUCAUGUCUGUCAUCAUGAUCAAUGUCAAGAGCUCCAAUGAUUUCCGAUCGGGAAUCCAAAACGGAUUUUGGGCCAUCAAAUAUCUACUCAUCAUCGGAGGAAUGGUGGGCGCUUUCUUUAUUCCAGAAGGCAGCUUUGGGACGGUUUGGAUGUACUUCGGUUUUGUUGGGGCGUUCCUCUUCAUUCUGAUCCAAUUGGUGCUGAUUGUGGACUUUGCCCACUCUUGGGCCGAGGUCUGGGUUGGGAAUUAUGAGGACACUGACUCACGGGGAUGGCUUGUAGCCCUCUUAACCGUAACGUUCGGCAUGUUUGCCCUCUGUAUCACUGCCGUUGUUCUCUACUUCGUUUACUACACGGGUCAAGAAGCUGGACAAUGCAAACUUCACGAGUUCUUCAUCUCCUUCAACUUGAUCAUCUGUGUGAUCCUAAGCGUCAUUUCCAUCCUCCCCAAAGUCCAAGAAAACAUGCCAAAAUCCGGCCUUCUUCAAUCAGGCGCCAUCUCGUUGUAUAUUUUGUACUUGACGUGGUCCGCCAUGUCUAACAGUCCCUAUGCUGAUUGCAAAGCUUUCGUGUCCGACAUUUUCCCCGGAAACGGCAACGAUACUCUAGAAACCACGACCAUGACCCCAAUUGACCCUAAGAACCCCGGUGUAGGUCAUUUCGAUGCCCAAGCCAUCAUUGGUCUUGUGAUCUGGUUCCUCUGCGUGUUGUACUCGUCCAUUCGAAACUCGACUGCCUCGACCGCGUCCAAAUUAAGCGGUGCUGACAAGCUCUUGACCAAGGACAAUGGUGAGACUAAGACUGAUGCCGAAGCCGGUGGCCAACAAGUUUGGGACAAUGAGAGUGAAGAAGUGGUGUACUCGUAUUCGCUCUUCCAUUUGAUGUUCGCUUUGGCCACGCUCUACGUUAUGAUGACGCUUACCAAUUGGUUCAACCCCGACGGAAACCUAAGUAACUAUGAGGCCAAUGCGGGUGCCAUGUGGGUGAAGAUUGUAUCCUCUUGGAUUUGUGCGGGUUUAUACUUGUGGACCUUGGUGGCUCCGGCCAUUUUAAGCGAUCGUGAUUUUGGUUAUUGAGUUUUGAGGUCGUCGUAACUUACUUUGGAGUAAAAAUUUGUAAAUUUAGUACCUUAUAUUACCUAUUGACGUCACCCAACAUUACUCUUGAGCAAUUUGCUCGCAUCACUUCAGAGAAAGAUGUUCCUGUAUUCCUGAGUUCCACAAACAUGUUUGUUGUCAGAAAAUAAAUUCAAGAAGCGGUUGUAAUACUA